GUGGUGGGAGUGGUGAUAAAGUGCUGCUGUGUCUUAUGUGCCAUGGUUGUAACGCAUGACAUAACAGAGGUCCGGUGUCUUCCCGGGAGGAUGUAACAGACUUGUGAUGCUAAUAGUGUUCUUUAUUUUGACUUACUACAACUCAAUUUCAACCAUUUCCCUAAAGAUUGAUUUUUUAACCCUUUGAUAGGAGCGGUGUGCCUCCUGCCGUCUGGUGUUGAGUUGUCUGUAUUUGUAAUGAAGUGGCGACCCGCACAUAAAGAACCCUGUGAUCGUUGGUCCAGGGAUGCUGCGGCGGCGGCGAUGAUGCACGACAUGAACCCAAAUUCAGGCGUAUACAUGGGCCGUUUGACCUUGAAAGACAGACGAUUUCCUACUUACUGAUGCACAGAAAUGAAGACACUGAAAGAGCCCUAGACAUACAGAUGGGAGCGGUUUGAUCUUGAAAGAGAGACGGUGUUUGCUCCUUAGUGAUGCACAGAAAUGAAUACAGAAAAAAAAAACAGUUUGAAGGAGACCAUGUCGAAAUACAGACGUGAGCGCUCGGGUCAUGGGGGACAGACGUGCGAUGUUUGCCUUACUUCGUGAUUCACAGAAAACUUUGAUGACAGAAAUUUGUACAUAGGCCUAUAUAUUUUUUUCUUCCUUUCCUCUCCUAUUUCAAUCUCUUCCCUCUCUCCUUUAUUCAUAUUUCUCUUCCUCUUCCUCUUUCUUCUCUUGCAUAAGGGGUGAAAGAUUGGAGAUGCUGGUUGACUCUUGCAUAAGGGAUCGGGAUAUAUGUGUUAUAGGAGACCUAGACAUGUCGAAAUUAUUAUUACAGUACUAUAGAAUGACGAAGACAUACCAGACAAAAACAAAUCCAACGAUACAUUUUUCUUAUUCCAUAUAUUUAAGCUUAAACUGCAGUCAUACUAUAUGCAUGUGUGUAUCUACAUUACAGAUGUGAGGUCAUACACAGCAUCAUACAAAAGAACAAUGUACGCGUAUGAACUUGCCAAGAAUAUCACCUCUCCAUUGCCAGAUGCAUCAUUCCUUUACACUUGCUGAUAAGCAUGAAUAAUGAACUAUUACUAAUACUUAUUUUUGUUUUGUUUUAGGACGACUCUGAGAGAUUUUACAUUAUUAUUAUUAUUAUUAUUAUUAUUAUUAUUAUGCAUAACAUAAUACUCUUUUUCCAUCAAAACUGUUUAGCUAAUUAAUCAUGAAACUUAUUGGGGGUUUUUAUAACAUGCAUUGCUUCUCAUUUUAUUUAUUUUACAAUGAUUACCGUGUACUCACUAUGUCUAGAUCUAUAUACUUUACUCCCGGGCUAUGAACCAGCGAGAGGCUCAGCGUGUACCAGCAAACCAUCACCGUAUUGCCCAAUGCCCUCUGACUGCCAUGGCGCUGCUUUCAAGGAGGAUUUAACAGCGGGUUCAUGCGAUUACAGGAAACCUAACGGACUAUGAUGUGAAAGAGCCCACAACAGAGACCCCGGAUACGCCCGAUGAGACGCAGGUUAAGCCCUCAAACGAUCCCUUCCACACCACGAAGCCCCCUCAACAGCCAGACACCCAAACAGAGGGGCCAAAGCUCCCUUCCACACCGCUCCCCUCCUUGCCGCAGAAGCCCACCACAACGAUGAAUACGACCACAGCAACGGAGGAGGAGAUGAAGAAAUGCAGCGUCGAUGAAGUAACGUGUGGGAAGUGCGGCGUGUUCCCUAUCAGCGUGGUGGGGCAGCGGGUGAUCAACGGGGCGGACGCAUCCCGAGGGGAGUUCCCAUACCAUGUGAUGUUGCAAACGAGGGUCAAGAAGGAUAAAUACACCUGCGGCGGCUCCAUCAUUCACGCGCAGUGGGUUCUCAGCGCCGCCCACUGCUUCAUAUGGCAGAGCGACGGCAAAGUGGUGCGUGUCUCGGAGGUGGUCGUGGGUGGGGGCUCCAUCUACGCCGACAAGCUUGACAAACUCACCGUCGACACUGUCAUCACCCACCCAGACUUCAAGGACGUGGCGAUGGGGGAUGACAUCGCUCUGGUAAAGUUGUCGGAAAAGAUCGACUUCAACUCAAACCGACACCUGCAGCCCAUCUGUCUCGGGGAGGAGGGUGACACCCCCCUCGCGGACAAGGCCGUGGCCACGGGCUGGGGCAGACUCGUUCCUAAGGGCGGGUCCGUCUACCCCAACAAGCUGCAGGAGGUGUCGCUGGGGUUGAUCCCCGCGAACAAAUGCAAAGGAGUGUCGCUGCCCAAGAACAAGAGCAAGGUUGUGUGCGCCAUGACCCCCUACAAAGACACCUGCCAAGGUGACAGCGGGGGUCCCCUGGUGGCCCAGAUAGAUGACGGCCGCUGGACGCAGGUGGGCAUCACGAGCUACGGGUACGGCUGUGCACGGCCCGACACCCCCGGCGUCUACGUGAGGGUGGCCCACUACCUGCCCUGGAUCGAGGAAAUAACGGGGAUCUGCGCUUGUUAACGCCACACACACACACACACACACACACACGCGCGCGCGCGACUUCAUAAAGUUUGUAAUAAAGUUUUAAGGAAUAACUGUUUUC